AUGGUAGUCGUCAGGCGUUUGGGAGCUCUUUCUUUCCUCUUUAGUGUCGUUACCAGCGGUGCGGCUUCGUCCCCUGACAAUGGCCACGACGUUACUCGAGCAGUCCUGGAAGAUGAAGCUUACGAAAACUCUUUCUACGAACGCUCUUUUGGAGGGCUCGAUGAGCGGGAUCUUGAGGACCUAGCGGAGCUUGACGAUGAAGUUCUUUAUGCACGACAGAGGCCGUACAGUCCCCAGAGGAAUUCUGGGCGCCCUCGUGCUAAACCUCCGCUAGACGAUCCUUUUCCUGGGCCUAAGCCUAGGCCUGGGCGUCUACCUCUGCCGGGCAGUUCCCAGAGGAAGUCCAGGCGCCCUCGUGCUAUACGCCCAGCAGACCCUGUGCCACCAAGGCCAGGGAAGUCUAAGGCUGAUCCGCCUCCUGGACUUAGGCCGAUUGGCUCCAAGAAUCCUCUACUUAAUCCGGUUGGUUCCAAGAAUCCUCUACUUAAGUCGGUUGGUUCCAAGAAGAAGCCCAAGCGCUCGCGUGCUAGACCUUCGUUGCCCAAGAUAAAGCCUGAGUCGCCAACUCAAUGGAUUAAGCAGGGCAAGCCCAAGCGCAAGAAUCAAUAA